AGCAAAAGAAGAGCAGAAGUGAAGCUUCAGUCCAUGAUGAAGAUUCUCCUCAUCUUCACCCUCUCCCUAAUAUCAGGUCCAGUGGGCUGUGUUGAUGUAAUUGGCUGCUCAGGAGGAAGCAUCAUUAUAAUCUCUGAUCUGUACUGGAGUUUAGUAAAUAGUAAUUAUAUUUGUAAGGUGGAAAUGAGUAAGUGCACAGAAAUAAAAAAGACAAACAAUGGAAUAGACCAUGUUCAGCUGGAAAGAUUCAUCCUUUCUAAAAACAAGGAACGUUUGGCAGUGUUUAUCAGAAAGCUGAAGCCACAGGAUGCUGGAACAUACAGAAUGGGACGGGGAAGGUCGAUUUACACUGAUGUGAGCCUGAAAAUUGUUAAAGAUUCUUGUUGUGUGGGGACAAAAAUAAUGAACAGUGAUCAAGGACAGCAAACCAACAUCAUCUGUAACUAUCCAGCGGAGUACGAGAGAAACUACAAGUAUUUCAUGAAACUUGGCAAUGACAGUAUUGAAAGCAUUCUAUAUACUGGAACACAAUCUCAGAAGGGCAGAUUCUCCAUUUCUGAUGACAGAAGUGCUAAAGUGCUCAGUGUGAACAUCAGUGAUGUGAGAGAAGCUGAUGAAGGAGUUUAUUAUUGUGGAGCGGCGGACACAGUGGGCUCAGUCCAGUAUUACUCCGACUUCACGAGGAUUCAGCUGCAUGUUAGAGGUUUUUCCAAUGUCAUCAUCAUCAUCAGUGUGUGUAUCUGUGUGGCUCUGCUGCUGAUUGGGGGAUUUACACUGAUGAUCUACAGACUGAGACACAAGAGAACACAAGGUUCAACACCUACAUCCAAAGACAAUGAACAGGUUCCCUCUGCUGCUUGUGUCUAUGAGGAAAUUAAUCACACCAACCAUGUUUCAGCCACAAACACUGAACUUUAUAUAAAUGCUUCAUCACCUUCACCACCCACUAACACCCCCGAUAGAGCGAUCUCUUCCACAGUACAACCACCUCAAGACCAAAAUCUCACUUACACCACGGUGACUUUCCAGAAGAAUCCAGAUGGUGCUGCAGUCACCUUCAGUAAGGAGGAACCUACUACUGAAUAUGCCACUGUCCAACACCAACCAAGACUGGAAUAAUUCGAUUAUGUUUUC